AUGAUUUUAGACUUCAGGAUGUUUGUUCUGUGGUUCCUCCUUUUGGCUCCGGUGUUGCUAGUUGCUAGUAUGCCGGCUAAAGCUUCCACCAAUGGGACAGUACCUUUGGUUAUGUGGCAUGGGAUGGGUGACACUUGCUGCAACCCACUCAGUUUGGGCGGCAUCAAAAAAAUAAUCGAGGAGGAGAUUCCGGGUAUUUACGUACAUUCAUUGCAGAUUGGCAAGAAUUUUGUGGAGGACACAGAAAACGGCUUCUUCAUGAACGUGAAUGAUCAAGUGUCCAUGGUGUGUAGUCAACUGGCUCAGGAUCCGCAGUUAAAAGGAGGCUACAAUGCAAUGGGAUUCUCGCAGGGGGCGCAAUUUCUGAGAGCCGUAGCACAGAGAUGUCCUUCUCCACCAAUGAAGACGCUCAUUUCAGUCGGCGGCCAGCACCAAGGUGUCUACGGGCUGCCGAGGUGUCCCGGGGAGGCUUCAAAAUUCUGCGACGCGAUCCGAGCGGCUCUGAACCUGGGUGCUUACAGCGACCUUGUUCAAAAACACCUGGUGCAGGCCCAGUACUGGCAUGACCCUUUGAAUGAUGACCUGUACAAGAAGCACAGUCUCUUCCUGGCUGAUAUCAACCAAGAGAGGGUUGUAAAUGAGACCUACAAGAAAAACCUUCAGCUCCUGGACAAGUUCGUCAUGGUCAAAUUUUUGCAGGAUACUGUAGUAGACCCUGUUGAUUCUGAGUGGUUUGGCUUCCUGAAAACAGGUCAAGCUAAAGAAACGGAAACCCUGCAGGAGUCUCUUCUCUACAAAGAGGAUCGUUUGGGCCUGGCCGCCAUGGACAAAGCAGGAAAGCUGGUUUUUCUGGCCACAGAUGGAGACCAUCUCCAAUUUACCAGAGAGUGGUUCAACGCUAAGCUGCUGCCUUACUUACGUUAG